AUGGCGCAGGCCGAGCAGGCCUUUUGCGCGGCGGAGAUGACGGCGCCCUCGGCGCCGCCCGGGACGGCGGUGAGCUCCAAGACCGUUUGGACGGAUGGGCAAUUGAGGCAAGCACUCUUGACCGAAGUACAUAAGCACUGUUGCUGGAGUGGGCGUGCUGCCUGGGGCAUGGAGAUCAGGGAAAUGAUCGCUUGCGGUGUUUGGUACCUGAAGCUCACGUCCUUUGUGGAGACGCGGGAAGUCACGAAGCAGUCGAAAGCUUACAAAGGCCAAAAACUCGAUGGACCACAGAAUGGGUCAGCCCCUUCCAUGUGGAACAUUCAAGUGAAACAGAUGAAGAACUUCGAGGAGUCGAAAAAAUACUACACAGUGCCCCACACAGAUGUGGUGGCCAAGUGCGGGAAGUGCACGGGGACAGGCAAGCUGAGCUGCGAACCGUGCAACGGUCAAGGCUGGAGCUGGUGCAAGGACUGCCGCGGAGAGAAGUGGAUGUGGUGUCCGCAAUGCGAUGGCAGAGCCUUCAAAGAUACCAAAGGCAAAGGCAAGGGCCGCCCUGCGUCGGAAACCAUCGACCACUGCGACCAUUGCCGAAGCACUGGCUUCGUGUCCUGCCGGCUUUGUGAGGGCUGGGGCUGGAAGGAUUGCAAGAAGUGUCACCAUGGCACUGUGUCUUGCAAGAAAUGCGAUGGCUAUGGAGAUGUGGUGAACUACCAACAGCUCACCGUGCAGCACAGCAACAUUGUCCUGGAACGAAAGCUCGAUGAGAGCGGGUCCAGUCCCACCAUGAGCGAACUGCGAGAGGCGCAAGGCUCUUCGAAAUUCUUCAAGGCUAAAGUUCUUGAGUCUGGGGAAGUGGUGAAAGAGAUCAGCGUCCAACGCCUCAAGGAGCUGGUGAAUCAGCUGCUGAAGGAAGCCCAGACAAAGAACAAAGGUGGUCAGUUGCAUUUCCAGCAACUCAUGGUGAAGAGCUUGCCCGCCUGCCGCGUCGAUGCGGUCUACGGAAACAAGGCAUUUCAGUACCUCGUCUAUGGCGAGGAGAUGAGAGUCAAUGCCGAGGAUUAUCCUCAGCAGUGCUGUUGCAGCCUGCAAUGA